AUGAGCUUGUUAGACAGUCACUAUGAUUGUUGCAGGAAGCUGGGGAUGGCAAGGCCAACACAAAACUCUGCUGGAGCAGUGAGCAGGCUGCAGAGUCAGAAAGCACACCUGAAAAGUGUUUGUCCGCAGUAUCCACUGUGUCAGCUUCUGAACAGCCAUUGCUUUUGCCUUUUAAAGAAUGGGACGGGACUAAUCAUCUUCUUCCUAUGUGCUUAUGUACCAAAGACAGAAGCAGGUCAUUGCAAGUGGGCAGAAGUUCUGAAAGAUUUGGAAAGGAUCAAGACAUCCAAAGAUAUUGAUGUCAGUUUAUACACUGCAAAUGCAGAUGAGGAUCUCUCAUAGACCAUCUCUGCAGAUAUUCAAGUGUAUUUGUAUAGUAAGAAAAGGUCCCCAGAAGAAUGCCAAGAACUUGUAAUGAGGUGCUUUUUCUUAGAGACAGAAGUGAUAAUUCAAGAAUGUAGUAUCAAAAAUUGUAGUAAAACACAGGAUGUAUGGAACAUAUGGAAAAAUGGGAAUGAAAGCUUCAAAAAAGACAAGUUGACUUCCACAAAAUCAGAAAAAUGCAAAGAAUGUGAAGAAUAUGAAGAAAAAAAUUUUACAGAAUUUGUACAGAACUUUGUAAAGGUUAUACAGAGAGAUUGCAAACACUGAC